CCAUGCAGGUGGAAUUUGGCGCCGUAGAGGUGCCCGGUGAGGCCAACCCCCUUACUGAAGGCAUCCUGUUCCAUGUUCUGCGCUCGGCCUCUUCGUCGGACCCAACCCAGAUUCAGACGGGCGCAAAGCAGUUGCAGGAAUGGGAAAAGGCCACUGGAUAUUAUCCUUUGCUGCAGACUGUCUUCAUCGAUAAAUCCUUACCUUACGAGGUUCGCUAUCUCGCCAUCAUCCAACUCAAGAACGGCAUCGAUAAAUACUGGCGCAAGACCGCCACCAAUGCCGUCUCCAAGGAUGACAAGUCUCUGGUUCGAUCAAGACUGUUGCAAAGUGCCAUCAACGAGGCCGAUCAUCGUCUAGCUUUGCAAAAUGCCCUCGUCAUUGCCAAAAUCGUCCGUACCGAAUACCCCAACGACUGGCCACAAUUGUUCCAAGAACUCCUCCAGAUUCUACGCGCCUCUCUUGAUCCGAACAACUUCUUCCAACUCCAGCUUCCCCGCGCUCUCAGGGUGCUACUGUACAUUGUGAAGGAGUUGUCGACCGGCCGUUUGCUACGAACUCGUCAAAAUCUACAAGCAGUUGCACCCGAGAUAUUGAACGUCCUGGGUACCAUAUACGUGAACAAGGUACACACAUGGUAUACUUUUUUCCGAGAUGGUGGAGACGACGAAGCUGGCGCUCUAGAGAGCAUCGAGAACAGCCUGCUCGCGAUCAAGACCCUGCGACGGCUGAUCAUGUCAGGCUAUGAAUUUCCAGGCAGGGAAAAGGAUGUCCAAGAAUUCUGGACCCUCGCUCGGCAGCAAUUCGCAGAAUUGCUCCCCUUUGUUGUGAAUGAAGAUUCUCGGCUUGCUCCACCUGUCACCAAGCUGAUAGAAAAACACUUAAUGCAAUUGGCCAAGUUCCACCUUGCUAUGGCUACUAAUCAUCCCGCCGACUUUGUAUUGUUGCCCGACUCUCUGGGUCUUGUUCGUGCCUACUGGGGUCUCGUAUCCCAGCUUGGAGAAACGUGGGGUUCCAAGUCGGUUGAUACUGCUAAAAUCGGGACCGACGGGGACCGAGAAGAUGACGAUGCGCCUAUCCUUGAGCGCCUGGGCCUGAAGGGCUUGUUGCUUGUUCGUGCUUGCGUGAAGAUGGUCUUUUAUCCCACGCAAACCUUCCGUUACAAGCAUCAGCAGGAGAAAGAUGAGCGAACCAAAGCUACCCAGAUGAUCAAGUCGGAGCUGCUCACUGAUGAUCUUGUCCGUGAACUGGUUUCGACCCUUGUUACGCGCUUCUUUGUUUUCCGACCCAGCGAUCUGCGCAUGUGGGAGGAAGAGCCAGACGAAUGGGAAAAGAUGGAAGAAGGCGCCGAGGAUUGGGAAUUUGCAAUUAGGCCAUGCGCUGAGAAGCUCUUUUUAGACCUCGCCAAAAAUUUCAAGGAUUUGAUCGUGCAACCCUUGCUGGAAGUUUUCCGCUCCGUUGCUACACCCGACAACGAGGAUGUUCUAUUCAAAGACUCUGUAUACACCGCGGUUGGUCUAGCUGCUGACACUCUGCAUGACCAGCUCGACUUUGAUGCAUUUAUCGAAACCACACUCGUGCCCGAGGCGCAAAAACAGAAACCCGGCUUCAACAUCAUCCGACGUCGUAUCGCCAUCAUCAUAGCUCAAUGGAUAGCAAUCAAAGUCGCAAAGGAGAAGAAACCUAUUGUUUACCAGAUUUAUCAACAUCUCUUGGACAAGAGCGACCCGCUCAACGAUCAGGUAGUCCGCGUCACUGCUGGAAGGAAAUUUAGAGACAUUGCCGACGAAUGGGAGUUUCACGCGGACAAUUUCAUGCCUUUCGCGCCGGUCAUACUGGAUAGAAUGAUGGCCUUGAUUCAGGAAGUCGAACUCCAAGAAACCAAGAUGGGCCUUUUGAACACGAUUAGCAUUAUUGUAGAGCGUCUGGAACACAAUAUCACACCGUACGCCAACAGUAUCGUUUCUCUUCUUCCGCCGCUUUGGGAUGAGUCCGGUGACGAACAUCUCAUGAAACAAGCCAUACUUACGAUUUUGGCUCGUCUCACGAAUGCUAUGAAAGCCGACUCUCGCUCGUUCCAUAACUCCUUCCUCCCUAUCAUUAAGUCUGCUAUUGAGCCUGGUUCCGAGACCCAAGUCUAUCUUCUCGAGGAUGCUUUGGAUCUUUGGUCUUCGAUCGUUGCGCAAACACCCUCUUUGCCCGAGCCGACACCGCCCGAUCUUUUGCAACUUGUUCAAUAUCUUUUACCGCUAUUUCAAAUGGACAACGAUACUCUCAGGAAAGCCAUCGACAUUACAGAGUCGUACAUGUUGCUCGCACCUGCUGCCGUCUUAGCAGAUGAUUUCCGACCGGGACUCCUGCAAGCCCUGACUGAACUGCUGCCCCAUCUGAACCCCGAUGCCAGCGGCAGUGUUCAUCAUCUCAUGCAAUGUGUUAUCCGUGGUGCUGAUGGUAUUGGUGGCGAAGAUGCCGUCAAGAUUCUUGUGGCUGAUCUCAUCUCAUCUGGCUUCCUCGCAAAACUGCUGGAGGGUCUGCAUGCCGCGUGGACCCAUCAUCAGUCACACGGCCCUUACCGCGAACUACCGUCGCGAGCUGUCGAUGGGGUGGUAGAGACAGACUACUUCACUGUCCUCGCACGCAUAGGUCUAACGUCUCCAUCAAUGCUCCUGGGAGCGCUUUCCUCUGUCGGAAAUGCACCACUAACGAAGACACUCGACUGGCUACUGGAGGAGUGGUUUAGUCAUAUCGAGAAUAUUGGCGACUUAGCGAACAAGAAACUGAUGACCCUAGUUCUUACCCGAUUACUCGAAGUCGAAGGUGGACAAUUCGUCCUCGAAAAGCUGCAGAGCCUCAUUGCUGUGUGGACAGAUGUUAUAGGACAGUUGCUAGAUGGAAUGGAUGACAAGAGCGCCGACUGCCUUUAUUGGCCUGAAGAGCCCGCCCCCUACUGGCCCAAUGAACCGGAAGCUCCAGAAGAAAAGCGCAAACGCGAAUACAUCUAUUCAGAUCCCGUGCACUGCCUCAACCUCGUCGUCGUCGUGCGCUCGCACCUUCAGCAGACCAUUCAGAAUUCCGGCGGCGAGCAGCGGUUCCAGGAGGAGUGGCUCAGCCGUGUGGAUAAAGAUGUCCUGAAAGGGUUUGGGGAAUUGGGUAUCAUGUAG